CUUUAUAAUUUAAUAUAUAAAUGAAGGCACACACAUACAAGUUAGUUCAUCAACGAAAUGCUACUGAAAGCAUUUUAAUGCCUAAAAGCUUUUCAGAAAAAAAGCACUUUUACCAGAAAUGGCUGCUUUUGCGAGGACAAAGCGAGUCACUGACCCGCUCGAUAACAAGGUCAGGGAUCGAAUCAUCGGCCGUGAACCGGUCUACGUCAGCAGCGGAAGCGAACACAGCUCCCAAAACGACGACGAAUCACCCUGCCUCUCCGAUCUCAUCCACCACUUUCUCGAAGACGACACCGCCGCUCACUCGCCGGAGAACGAAUCCGAUUCCGAGCUCGAUCCGUCAAUAUCAGAUCCAACGGACGUGAUCGAUUACCUCAUUUAUCCAACGGUCUCUGUUUGUGUUGAUUCAUUCAAGAAUGCACUCGAAGCUUGUGUUUCCAGAGCUAUAGUUGCGCUCUCGAGUGUGAAUUCGAAUUCAAAUUCGAACAAAUCGAUUUUCCGGCGAAACGUGAUGGCUUUUCUCCGAGAUUGCGGACACAAUGCGGCGAUUUGCAAGACGAGGUGGGAGAGCUCCGGUGGACUGACCGCCGGCGGCUACGAAUUCAUCGACGUCGUCACAUCGGAGUCCGCCGUGUCGCGACGCCGGUACUUCAUCGACCUCGAUUUCGCCGGAGAGUUCGAGAUCGCGAGGCCUACGGGCGCGUACGAGCGCGUGUUACAAGCCUUGCCUAGGGUUUUCGUAGGUAGGAGUGAGGAGUUGAAGCAGGUCGUGAAGGUGAUGAGCGACGCGGCGAGGCGGUCGUUGAAGAGUCGAGGUCUGCACCUUCCUCCGUGGAGGAAGAACCGUUACAUGCAGAACAAGUGGUUCGGUUCGUACCGCCGGACAACCAAUGUGAUUCCGGCGAACUCGUCGUCUUUGUCGUCGCCGGUGGAGCCGACGUUAGUCGUCAAAUGUCGAUCCGUUGGAUUUGACGUCGUGAAGGGACGUUUGUUGUGUCCCGCCACAACUCGUACUUGAUUCGAUCAUAUUAAUCCAAUUAAUUUUAAAA